GGCCACCCAAUCGAGCACUUGAUGGAAGAUGCGCGGAAAAGAUUCGAUGCAAUGCUGAAGGAUGAAGCCGCAAGUCUCGAAGACGCAGCGGCUAAGUAUCGCGCGAGACGCGCUCGCCAUCCCCCACCCGGCUUCGAUGCUUGGUACACGUACGCGACGGAAAGCGGUGCCUUGGUUGUCGAAUCUUUCUUCGACCAAAUAUAUCACGAUCUCGCGCCCUUUUGGGGCAUGGAUCCGCGUAGCUUACGUCAACUCGCACAUGCCUUCAGCCCCAAGAUAUCGAUCCGCGGCGGCGUCGUGGACGCAGAGGCGAAGAACAGCUACGAGAGGUUGAAGCAAACGAUGAAUAUGAUACAGACCCUGGCCAAGCAUCCACAGGUCCGCUUACCAGAUGUGAACGUCCCAGUCAAUGUUAACGAAGAGGUGGGCAUGUUAGUCCCGUGGGAAACGGUAGAUACGACGCUGAGCCUCGCGGGGAAUAUUCUGGCCUCGCCAAACGAUGUGAUCGACGAAUUUUCUCCCGUUGACGAAGAAGAAUACGUAGACUUCACUUUUGAUCCCGAGUGGCUUGAUGGAAGGCUUAUGCAUCCUUCGUCCAACUGGCUCGGUCCAAGACCUUUGUGGUCGCUCGUUCAGCCUGCGUGUCCGCCGGACUCGCCCACGAGGAAUGAACCGCUGCUCGAGGAUAUAUGGCACUCAGAGGGCCAUACGAGCCAGGAGCACUCUGCAGCUGCUCUACUACCCCUCGGCGCUCCCACCGGCACGCUACAAGGCUACGUCAAGAACUGGACGACAACCACAGACGUAUGCCUCUUCCCCCUCCUUCAGGCUCUACACGGCGGCUUCGUGGCCCCUUCAACCAUGGCGGUAACGCAGAAACUCUUUCCACUCUUCUCCUCCUCCAAGCUCUCCACGAGCAACGAGGCCCUCAUCCCCAGCGUGGGCGACUGGAACGCUUCGGACUACAUUUCCGCUCCUCAACCUUGGGCCGAAAAGACGGAUAAGCUUUUCUGGCGCGGCGCCGCUACAGGCGGUAAAAAUACAGCGCAGAACUGGCAGCGCUUCCACCGACACCGCUUCGUGUCGAUGCUCAACGCGACGCAUGUCGAGAUUGCAGAAGGGCUGUUGCAUGCCGGGAAUGAGAGUAUGAUCGGGCUGGGUUAUGCGCGAAAUUUCCGACUUUUACCUGCCAACGAAUACCAUUUGGCCACACAAAAGUGUGGGAAAAUGGCGGAUUGGGUGAGCGGCUUGGCGGAUGCUGCGUUCAGGGACUUGCGUUGUGAGGAGUGGGUUGAGGGCGGCGCGUGUCCGUACGUAGAGGAGUAUUUCGGGGUAAAGAAAGAGGUGGAUGAGGAUGAGGGGCAAGGAAGUUGCAAGUACGCCGCCAUCAUUGACGGAGACGGUGGCGAUGAUGGCGGCGCUUUUCUUCAAGCUCUUCGAGCUGGGAAAGUCGCGCUGAAAGGGAGUGUUUAUCAGCAGUGGUACGAUGCUCGGGUUGUUCCGUGGCUACACUUUGUGCCUAUGGAUAAUAUGUUUGUGGAUCUGUACGGCAUUAUGGAGUACUUCAUGGGUACUACGAACACUGGAGACGCGCACGACAAGCAAGCCAAGAAAAUCGCCGAAGGUGGGAGAGAGUGGGCGGAUAAGGUGCUUCGGAAAGAAGACAUGCUGAUCUACGUAUAUCGCCUGCUGCUGGAAUACGCUCGCAUCGUAGACGACAGUCGUGAACGAUUAGGCUGGGUAGAUGACCUCGUCAGA